UGGAGUGCUCUGCUCAGUGAGUUGGAGGGGGGGGGGCACAAAGCCGAGGCCCCCCUAACCUGAGCCGGGUCUCCCCCCCUCCCCAAAUUCCGCCGUUGGCUGCUGCUCCCGGCUCGCACGUGGUUGGAUUUAGGGGAUUUCUGCGGUUUUUUGGUGCUUGGUUUGGAUUCCUUUUAUUUGUUUAUUUUUGUUGCCACGGGGGUGGCUCGGGGUCCACCCGGCUUUCUGGCUGCCCCCCACCUUGCAAUGGCCUCCCCGGAGAAGAUGCAGAAGAUGCACCCCGGGCCGGCCGCUCUGCUCUGCUGCCUCUGCUCCCUGCUGCUCCGCGCCCACGCCAAGGGGCCAGCCCCCAGCCCCGAGCCUGCCGAGCCCCCCGGUGCCAUCACGCUGCCUGUGAGCUACCGCCUGUCCAACACCCGCUUGGCCUUCUUCCUCAAGGAGGUGGGAGCCGGCCCGGCAGGCAACGGCAGUGCCCCGCUGCAACGCGCCGAGCCCUUCGUUGUCUUCCAGACCAAGGAGCUGCCGGUCCUCAACGUCACCCUGGGGCCCUUCAGCACGGGGCUGGUGCUGCCCAAGGAGCAGCUGCAGCCCUCCAGCACCCUGGAGGUCCCCGACCGCCUCACCGUCAACUGGAAGGUGCGCGCCUUCAUCAUCCAGCCCCGACUGGUGGCCAACCAGCCUGUGGUCCAAGUGCUCUUCUAUGUAGCCGGCCGGGAUUGGGAUGAUUUCGAUGUCACUGACCGGCUGCCCUGUGUGCGGCUCCACGCUUUUCGUGAUGCCCGUGAGAUCAAGAGCUCGUGUCGCCUACGGGGCAGCCUGGCCACGUGCCUGGUGCAGGCAGAGCUGCCCCACGCCUGGUUCGGUCCCCCGGCCGUGCCGCUGGGCAGGCGGAAGAGCCCUGAGAGCCUGGAGGUGCCGGGCGAGAGCCAGCAAGCCGAGCUGUACUACACCCUGCAUGCCCCCGACGGGGCCGGCCAGUGCCUUGGGGAGACGGUCCCCCGCCGCGGGGCUGGGGGGGCCAGGACCGAGGGUCCCACACAGCACCCGCUGCUGCGCAUUGGCAGUGUCAGCCUCCUGCAGCCCACCCCCGGGCAGCCCAUGCAGGAGCAUCGGUUGGAUGGCAAUGUCUUCAUCCGCCUGCCCGACAAGCCCCUCAAGCCGGGUGAGGUGCUGAGCAUCCUCCUCUACCUGAUGUCCAACUCCACAGUGGAGCACUUCACACUCAGGGUGAAGGCCAAGAAAGGCGUCAACCUGCUCAGCACCAAGUCAAGGAGCGGGCAGUGGCUGGUGAGCUCAGAGCUUCUGACGGGCGGCAAGCACUCCACUGCCACUGUCGACGUGGCAAGGGUGGAUGGCACUGGACCCAGGGACGGGGACUCCUCCUCUGAGAUCAUGCAGCUGGAUUUUGAGAUGGAGAACUUCACCAGCCAGUCGGUGACACGCCGCAUCAUGUGGCACAUUGACUACCGGGGCCGCAACCCCCCGCCUGACCUGGAGAAGGUGGUGACGGAGCUGACAGUCAUCCAGAGGGACAUCCGGGCCAUCGUGCCCCUGGCCAUGGACACGGAAAUCAUCAACACGGCCAUCCUGACGGGGCGGACAGUGGCCAUUCCCGUGAAGGUCAUCGCCAUUGAGCUGAGCGGCGUCAUCGUGGAUGUCUCGGCUAUGGUCGAGUGCAAGUCCAACAACGAAGACAUCAUCAAGGUCUCCAGCAGCUGUGACUACGUCUUUGUCAGUGGGAAGGAGUCGCAGGGCUCCAUGAGCGCCCGGGUCACCUUCACCUAUGAGCACCUCUCUGCCCCGCUGGAGAUGACGGUGUGGGUGCCCAAACUGCCACUGCACAUCGAGCUCUCGGAUGCCCGGCUGAGCCAAGUGAAAGGUUGGAGGGUGCCCAUCCUGCCGGACAGGAGGUUGGUGCGGGACAGCGAGCAUGAGGAGGACGAAGAGGAGCGGAAGCAGAGCCGGGGCUGUGCCCUGCAGUACCAGCACGCCACAUUGCAGGUCUUCACCCAGUUCCACACCACGGCAGCGGAAGGCACAGGGCAGGUGGUCACCAUGCUGGGACCCGACUGGCUGGUGGAAGUCACCGACCUGGUCAGCGACUUCAUGCACGUGGAUGACCCACGGGUGGCCCACAUGGUGGACAGCUUCACGCUGGCUGGGAGGGAGCCGGGCACCACACUCUUCAAGGUCGUGUCCCCGCUCAUGGAGGCAGUGCUGGGGGAGACACUGGUGACGGUGGCAGAGGAGAAAGUCAGCAUCACAGACCUGAAGGCCCAGGUGGUCUCCAGCCUCUCGCUGUCCCUUCACCCCAGCCCUGGCAAUAGCCACACCAUCAUUGCCCGGACGUCCGUGCAGCAGACCCUCAGCUUCUUCAAGCAGGAAGCGCUCCUGAGCCUGUGGAUUUCCUACAGCGAUGGCACCACGGCCCCCCUCUCCCUCUAUGACCCCAAGGACUACAACCUGGUGGUGAGCAGCCUGGAUGAGAAGGUGGUCUCAGUGACCCAGGACCGAGCGUUUCCCUUGGUGGUGGCAGAGAGCGAAGGCGCGGGGGAGCUGCUGCGGGCCGAGCUGGUCAUCUGCGAGAGCUGCCAGAAGACCAAGCGCAAGAGUGUGCUCUUCACAGCCUUGGCCAGUGUGCGGGUACACUUUGGAUCUGAGGAGGACCCAACCUAUGACUAUGAUCAUGUGCCCAGCAAGCCGGGGCUGGCAGAGACAGGGGCGAGCACCACCCUGCGGGCAGAGGUGGAGAGGAAAGCGGAGCCGAGCGAGGACAGUAGGAUGUCCAGUGCAUCUCACCCCACCGAGGACUUCCCCACCAUCCCCACUGGCUUUGUCCAGGUGACCAGGGGGCUGACGGACCUAGAGAUAGGCAUGUACGCCCUCCUGGGCGUCUUCUGUCUGGCCAUCUUGGUCUUCCUCAUCAACUGCAUUGUCUUUGUGCUGAAAUACCGGCACAAACGCAUCCCACCUGAAGGCCAGACCAACAUGGACCAUUCCCACCACUGGGUCUUCUUGGGCAACGGGCAGCCCUUGCGGGCUCACAAUGACCUCUCCCCCCAGCCUGAGAGCCCUGGGAACCCCCUGGAAAAUGUCCAGACCUGCUGCCAUGGGGACCACCACAGCAGCGGGAGCUCGCAGACGAGCGUGCAGAGCCAGGUCCAUGGCCGUGGGGAUGGUUCCUCGGGGGGCUCCACGCGGGACCAGAGCGAGGACCCGCUCAACUCACCCACCUCCAAACGGAAGCGGGUGAAGUUCACCACCUUUGCCACGCUGCCCUCUGAUGAGCUGGCCUACAACUCCAUCCCCAUCGCUGAUGAGGAGGACUUGGAGUGGGUCUGCCAGGACAUGGGGCUGCAAGACCCCGAAGAGCUUCACAACUACAUCCGCAGAAUCAAAGAGAUCGCUUAACGCAGGGGCAGAGGGGAUGGGGCGGGAGGGAGGGGGCUGCCACGCCGUGCCACGCCACGCCAUACCAUGCCACACCACGCUGGCUGCUUCCCUGGGGCUGGAGACCCAAAUUUGGCUCUCUCUUGCGUGAUCCCUCUUCUGCACAUCUCACGUCCUCCUCACCCUGUCGGAAGGCACCCGUAGGGGCCUUUUUCUUUUCUUGCCCUUUACCGUCUGGUUUUCCCAGGAGAGGCAGCUGCACACACGCGGCCCCCCAUCCCAUCAGCCUGCGGCAAGGGGGCAGCAAGGGAGGCGAACCGGGGGGCAGAGAUGGAUGGGGUCAAAAUCUCGGGGUGUGUGCGUGGGGCAGGAUGAUGUCCUGCUGUGCAGGGGGUAGAAAAGGGGAGAUGUCCCGUCCUCCCCAGGAGCCCAGCGGGGCAGUGGCAGAUGGGGGCAUCCCGAAGACAACCCCCGCUGCCUUUGCUGCACUCAGUUGCACAAUUUUGGAGGUGAGUGCUGGUUCAGGGAUUUGCUGCCCCAAGACUGUUGGGGUGUUGGGGGCUCCCCCGGCUGCAGCCCGCUGCCUCGCACUGUGGGUGAUGCUGGGUGAGCCCGGAGGGGAGGGCAGCUGCCCGUGGGCUGAGGCCCCAUGGCCACGGGUCCGGGGCACCGCUGCCCCUGUCGCCUGCUGUGUCCCAGCCCCAGACGCCCAGCUUGCCCCGCUCCCUUUGGCGUGGGCCCUGUGGCACCGUGACAGUAAUGUUUGCCACAUUUGCAUCGCUGGGGGACUGUGGGUGGCUGCCUCUGCCCCCCCACCUUGCUGUCUGGGAAGGGCUGCGGUUCCCGGGCAGGGGCACUUUGGGGGCGGCCAGCAAGCUUGCUGCCUGUGAGCUUGCCUGCCCUUGCCUCCCCCUCCGUUUCCAGCCGUGGGGCCGGUGCUGGGUCCCCUCCACCCAAUAGUGCUGCUGGGACCUCCAGGGCCAGCCCCUGGUUUCUGCCGCGCCCCCAGUGCUGGGACGUGGCUCUGGGACUGGGAGGUGGUGUGGGGGCUUCCUGCUGCCCCGGGGGGCCAAGCCUGGGUGGGGACACCCACAACCGCACCUGGCCUGAGUCUCCCAGUGCCAGCCCAGUUCCCCCAGUGCCAGCCCAGCAGGGAUGCCCGGAGCCAGGCUGAACCUCCGUGGUGCCUUCUGACUGCCAUAACCCAAUGCCUCCCCGGUCACCCCGUGCUGGUGGCAGCUCCCAGCCCCUCUGGCUCACCUGAGAGGCCCCCCCAGCCCAGGGCCACCCCAUCUCCAGCCCAGUGCAGAGCAUCCUCAGCCAGGUUAGACCUGGGUACCAGGGCUGGCAGGCUGGGGGUCCCGGGCUGUGGAGAUGGGGACCCCCCUGGCAUCACCUGGUGUAGGGGGGAGGCAGAGGCUGGCAGCGGAUUAUUUCUGGAUUGAAAGUUACCCACCACUGUGUCUCUUUUUUUUUUUUCUUAAAUAAAAGACCAGAAAAGAAAAAAAAAUGAAAAAAAAGCCAAAACCAAAAUGCAUUGCAGCACUCCGAUGAGCCGUAUCUCUGCUGUGGUGCUUGGGGCAGCUGCUCCCAGCGGUUUGGGGGGUUGGACCCAGUGGGUGCAGCGUCUGCUGCGGGGGGGGACACAAACUGCUGUGGUCCUGGAGGCAUGGCUCAGCUUUGAUCCCCACCUAAGCUCUGAGCACUUUGGGGUCAAAGCUGUGGAUUUAGGACUCCUCCCUCCAAAAUCCUCCUCUGCUGGGCAGCCCAGUCAAAGACUAGUGGUCAGGAACGAGGCGAUGCUGCAGCUCCAUCCUCACUGGCCCUUGUGCCUCAGUUUCCCUGGCAGGCAAGCAGCAGCUUGUGGUGGUGUGUGGUGCUUCAAAAGCCUCUUUAAAGAGUUUAUCAAAUUUGAGCUAUGAAAAUUUGUCCCCCAAGCAGCCUUAAAACUUACCUGAUAGCUCUAUGCUGAUUUUAUAUAUACAUAUAUAUAUGGGGGAAUUGAGAUGCGCUCAAAGGCCAGGCAGCUGAUGCAGUUAGGUUUUACUGUGCCCUGUUAUCUAAAGGACCCAGGUCUGGCUGAACGAGCCACUGAGCUGAUAGCGGCUCUGAGCAGUAAAAUUAAUACAGCCGACUUCCCUGCUUGGAACUGCCAAACCUCCUUGUUAAAUUAACAUAUAUGAAUAUUUGGAAAAAAAAAAAAAAGGAAGAAAAGGA